ACCGAGGUGGGGAAAGGGGAGGUUGGCAGUCCCCGCCUCGUGAGGAUUGCCUCCCCCUGCGAUGGUGGUCCCAAGAGCCAGGGGGGGAAGGAGGGGUUGGCUCUGGGUCCCCGCGUCACGGAGGGUGCCUCCCCUGCCUGCGAUGGGGGUCCCAACAGCCAGGGGGGAAGAGGGGAUGGAUCUCAGCCGUCACAAAAUGCGGGCCCUUUAUGUUCAGGUUUUGCCCAAGAAUCAGCUUAUUUGCUUCUUGUACUAGCAGGGCAGUUGCUGCCAAGGCCCUCAAAUACGGGGGCCAUCCUUUAGCAACCCUGUCUAGUUGUUUAGAGACAUAGGCUACCGGCCUCAGCCAGGGCCCCACAGUUUGGGUUAAAAGUCCAGCUGCCAUCUUUUCUCUCUCUGACGCAUACAAUGGAAAAGGCUUUGUCAGAUCGGGUAGCCCCAGGGCUGGGGCUGCCAGAAGAUUUUCUUGUAACUCAUGAAAAACUGGCUGUUGUUGGGAUCCCCAUUUCAAAAGUUCCGGGUCCCCGCCCCCUUUGUGACCUCAUACAAAGGCUUGGCUAAUACUGCAAAGUUUGGGAUCCACAGUCUACAAAACCCCACAGCUCCUAAGAAUUCUCUCACCUGCCUUCUGCCCUUAAGCUCCGGUAGAUUGCAAACAACCUGCUUUCUUUCUGUUCCCGAGCUGCGUUCGGACCCGUCGGAUCAUAAAUCCCACGUAAGGUACCUGCCGUCGGAAGAUUUGAACUUUCUACUUGGACACCUAAUACCCACAGUCCUCCAGCUGCGUUCGGACCCGUCGGAUCAUAAAUCCCACGUAAGAUACCUGCCGUCGGAAGAUUUGAACUUUCUACUUGGACACCUAAUACCCACAGUCCUCCAGCUGCGUUCCGACCCGUCGGAUCGUAAAUCCCACGUAAGAUACCUGCCGUCGGAAGAUUUGAACUUUCUACUUGGACACCUAAUACCCACAGUCCUCCAGGCGCCACUGGGAUGAAGAGAGGGCAACAUUGCAACUCUCCCCGCUCCUGCAAUAUCCAUGGCUAUUCUGUAUGUGGGUACACCAAGCACUGGUCCUAUUGGUGAUGAGAGUAAUGGGAUCAAGUAGACAGUUGAAAGAUUUAGACUUUUUCUCAUUUAUCAGGAAAAUCAUGUGAAACUUAAAAAAUUUUAAAUUACAGUUGAAACAGAAGAAAAGUAAUAGAGUAUAUAAACAUAUUUGUAGAGGGAAGCUAGUUAAGAAAUCGUAAAGUUGAUAGAUCCCAAGGACACAUUAACAGAAUGUUGACAUUAUACGAAUGAAAAACCAAGGUGGAGGAAAAAAGAUGGGUUGGUUGGCGAAGACAUAGCAGAUGAUGAAAUUGGCCCUUGCAAGGCUGGUGGACAUCAUGGGUGGUGAUUUGCCAAUCUAUCCUAGUUUUAACCAAUUUGCUGCUUUAAAAUCCUGUUGUCAUCAUAUUUGUAUUGCUAAGAAGCCACGUGUCACUGAAAAUGAAGGAUACAGAAACACACUGUAUAACCUUAAAAAAACUACUGCUCUAAUGGUACAGAAGGCCUCCAAAGCCCUUUAAAAAACUAAAAAGAAAUGUUCAAGCAGGCGGAUGACAAAGUUCAGUGUUUUAAAAUUAGCCACAGUUAAUCCAAAUGAAAGUUAAUAAAUUCCACUAAAAGUCACUUCCAGCAACAAUUCCUUUAAGAGGCAACUUAUUUUUAAACCUACACAAUGAAUUUUAAAUCAGAAGGGCUAUUGAUUCCUCAGAGGAGUUGCCCAAGUAAUUGACUUUAUAUUUAAAUAAAUCUAAGAUUUACAAGGAAGUGGAUAGAGAAGACCCUCUGGUUUUAUUUCUAUUUUGAAGUCAGACUUUGCAUGUUAGUACUGACCCACCCAAAACAGGCUUUCCUGUGGAGCCACACAGUUGGGAAGUCCCUUUGUUGCCUGUGUAGUUUGUGCAUUUAGACCAUGCAUUAUUAAUUCUAGCCAUUCUAUCUCCGCAUUUUAUUUCUCUGUGUUAGCCUUGUUAGACUACCAUAAAUUUUAGUUGGGGUGUGGCUGGGUAAUUGCCCAUUCUCAGUCAUACUCAGGCAGGUAGGUGUACACACAUACACAGAAGCCAAGAACUAAUAUUUCUCAAU